UCAGGUUCAGUUCAAAAAACGAUGUUAAUGUGAUAAAAUAACAUCUACACAUUAACGUGUACAAACCCUAGUGUCAUUUUUAAUUUUUUAAAUAAUUAUUGUUUAAUAAACAGUUGGUUUUUAUAUUCUUAAUCCCAGGAAUUGAUGAAUAAAUAAAAAAAAAUGUCUAACGACGACCGAAGACCUGCUAAAAAACAACGUCUUGAUCACUUAUCAUCAACUUCAAAAUCUCACAAGUCUUAUUUGAACAAACGUUUAUUUCAAUCGGUUCUACCAGAUGACUCACUUACACAAGCUGUAAAAGAUAAAGAUAUCGUGCAGAUUAGAAAUAUUGUAGGCUCACUCUCGGACAUUGACGCCGUAGACUCGACAGGUGUCACAGCACUUCAAGUUGCCAUCAACGAAAAAUACCUACCGGGAAUAAAGCUCUUGCUGGCGUGUCGUGCCAGGAGGCUUAACAAAUAUCAUUCCAUAUAUUCAUGGAAUCUAUGGCAAGCAACACUUCGCUAUAGAAUAUUUCAAAGAUGGGCAUUAAAAAGUGACCUGGACUGGGUUAACCGACAGCUUUUAAUUGGCAUGAGAAGAAUUUUACGUACAUGGAGUGUCCCAAAUGCCGAGGAAUUGACGCUUGAAGAUUUAAAAAACUACUCAAUCAAACAGCUAAACAAUAGCAGUUGCAGUGACAGAGAUAUGGCCAUUAUACUGAAUAAAUACGCGGCUUUUAAUCAGCGUGAUGAUGAAAAUCAAACUAUGCUUUAUUUCGCAAUUAAAAAUGACAAUACAGCAAUAGUCAAAUAUUUAUUGGAGAUGGAUGUAGAUGUCACGGUCACUGCAGCUUACAAGCAUUGUAACUACUACGGUGGAUUAACUGCCUUGGACGUCGCCGUGGAGUUGGAGCAAGAAAACAUCGUCCAGCUUCUAUUGGAUCACGGAAACUGUCAUGUUAAUUUCAAAGCAGAGUCUGGCUUGACGCCUCUCCAUAUUGCAGCAUUGAAGAAUAAUUUGACAAUCGCGAAAAAAUUAAUAAGCAAAGGUGCAACUAUAGAUGUGUACUCCACAUAUCAAUCUAUCCCUUACUCAACAACUAAUCGUCGGGCCGUUCAUGGAAAUUUCAUUAGGAAUCAUUAUCAAAUGCAUUCGACUGAGAGUAAAAUAGACACUGAUAUGGAACAUCUGAAUGGUAUGACUGCUUUGCAAGUUGCCGCAAAAUUUAAAAGUUUGGAGAUGGUUCAAUUAUUAGUAGACCUCGGUGGAGAUGUCAAUGCUCAUUGUAAAGACCGGGGUGAUGGAUACACGGCAUUGCAUUAUGCUGUAAUGAAUUAUGAUAGUGCAAUGGUUGAUUUUUUACUGAGCAAGGGUGCUCGGGUUAAUAUCAAGUCAAAUGAUGAAAAAACAAUUUUACAUUUUGCUGUUGGUACUAGAAAUAAAGACAUUGUUAAGCGUUUGUUAGAUGCUGGCGCUGAUGUGAAUAUCAGAAGUAACACGGAUUAUUUUGAUGAUAUUACGCCGCUUCUUGAAGCCGUGAGGUUUCAUCUAAAAGAGACAGUGUUGAUGUUGAUUGAAAUGGGUUCUGAUAUAAAUGCCACAGCUAAGCGAAAGUCAACUUCAACAUGCGUAAAUGUUAUUGAUAUGACUCUUGAGGAACUCGAUCUUGAUAUGCUCGAGCUGAUGUUGAAUAUGGGUGCAGAUGUCAGUGGCGCUGAAUUUCGAUUAUAUUCUUUUCGUAACAGGAAAAUAUUUCGAAAGCAUCUAGAGAAAUUCUGGAAUGCUGGACUUUUCGUUAACAAGAGACUGAUCAAGUGGGCUGAUUUAAAAAUAACAAAAAAAUACGAUUUAAGGAAUAAGCGCCAAGCUCAAGUCAGGAAAAUGGAGGAAGAAGAAAUUGGGGAUCGUUAUGUUAGUUUUUACGAUUUACUGUUUAAAAAUUUGGAUCAGAUGGUGAUGUAUGCAGAGAAUGAAAGUAUUUGGAAAGCUUUGGAGCUCAACGUGCAUAGUCUCCCGUGGAACCAUCAAGUACUAAUAAAUAGUUUUCAGGAGGAAUACAAGCGCUAUCAGUUGCAGAAAGAAACUGAGAAGAUGUUGGUAAAUAUUAUCGAUUUGCCUUAUUUAUGCGUGAGGAAAAUCCUCAUGUAUUUUAGCUACGAUGAUUUAUUCGUGUAUUUAGGAAGACCCUCCAGGUUCAAGUUAACAAGACACAUUGAUCCUGUAGGCCGAUAUCGUGUACAAAGAUUAGCAAACAGGUGAUUUGCGAAUGUCUUCCGUCAGUGGGCAGAAAUAAGAUGAAACGAAUCCAUCAAAAAUGCAUCACUUCAUCCUAUAAGGAAUAGCUGUUAAUAUUCCUGUUCCGAAAUACUUGCAAGAUAUGAUGGUUCUUCGAUGAGUCCUCUGAAUGCAUGCAUUCAGCCGAUCUGUAUUUCAGUAUUGCAUGUAUCCUCUGGAGUAACUCGGAUGCUGCUUAAAAACGGGAGCAGCUCUGACCUGACAUACACCAACGUAUAAAUUAUAAUCUUAUAGACAAUGCACGGUUACACGAUUACUUAAUGCCGGAUUCGUUGAAACCGCCUUUGCCAAGAAAUUAGAAGAGACAUUUCAAUGAUGUAAAGUUCGAUCCCAUCAUUCAAAUCGGAUUUCAGAAUCAUAGAAGCAGGCCAGCAGUGUUGGUGUUUCAAGAACUAUUACAUCAAAUCCUUCCGCACAUUUGUUCUGAUCGGAAUGAGUGCACAGAAAAAGUUUUAAUUAGAAUUAAUUUUCUUUGAAAGUUCAACUUUAAUUUCACAGAUAAAUUAUUUAUUGAAUAAUUGAUGAUAAAGAUUAAUGUCUUGAUGUAAUAUAGGAUCUACUAUAAUAGAUCCAAAAUUAAACUUGUCCGUAUUAAAUGACAGAGGUGUACUGAUGUCGAAAAUGUUUUCAAGUCUGGAAUAUAACAGUUCUGAGAUAAAUGUCUUGCCAGGAACACUACAAGCGGCUGGGUGCGGUCUCGUGGCGGGCGUCGAACUACUUCCGCUGCUGUUGCCCAGCACCGGUGACUUUCCUCUCCUACAUGUAUAUCUUUUAUAUAGAAAUACUAGAAAUAUUGAUUUAAAUCCGGAUAAAAAUAAACCCAGUUUGAAAAACUGGCCUUUAAUUUUUAUUCUAUUUAAAUUUUAUUUAUUUAUUUAAAAAAAUUUUUAAAAUUGCCAACUAAAUU